CCUUCUUGCUGUGCACACGUAUGCUCUGAGAAGCCCGCUCAGAAAUGUCCACCAUGGAGGAGGAAAAGGCAGCUGCUGGUUCGAAGGUAGAUGCCGGGAUCGUUGCAGAGCCCUUCCGACAAGAGGUGAGGAAGUACAUCGAGGAAAAGCUCGGUGGAGUCGGCCCUCGCUUCGUGGGCAUCCUGGCUAACACCGACCCCGCUGCCCGCAAGUACGCGGAGUGGACGGGCCGGGCUUGCAUCAAGGAUGGCAUCCGCUACGAGGUGCGGGAGUGCGAUCCCGAGGAACUGGAGGCGCGUCUUGAAGAAUGCAACGGCGACCCGGAGGUACACGGAGUGAUGAUCUACUACCCCGUGUUCGGAGCAUUCCCGUCGUUUUUCGGCGGGAGCAUGGACGACUACCUGAGGGACACGGUGUCCAUCCGCAAGGACGUCGAGGGACUGUCCAACACGUACCGGAGAAACCUUUACCACAACGUCAGGUUUGUCGAUGAGGCCAAGACGAAGAAGUGCAUCCUGCCGUGCACGCCCCUUGCCGUGGUUAAGAUUAUGGAGCACGUGGGCGUCUACGACGAGAGCCUACCCGUGGGAGACCGCCUUCAGGGCAAGACGGUGACGAUCAUCAACCGUUCAGAAAUCGUGGGCCGCCCGCUGGCCGCGAUGUUGGCCAACGACGGAGCGACGAUCUACUCGAUCGACGUCGACUCCAUCUUUGUCUUCAAGAGGGGGGCGUUGCGCAAGACGGAGGCUACGCCGGAGGAGGCCGUGAAGCAGAGCGACGUCGUCGUAACGGGGGUUCCGUCCAAGGCAUACAAGCUCCCCGCUUCAUGGCUAAAGGAGGGAUCCGCGAUAAUCAACGUUAGCACCUUCAAGAACGUGGAUGAGGAAGAAGUGUUGAAGAUACCGGGUGUCCGGUACGUGCCGAUGGUCGGCAAGGUAACUGUCGCCAUGUUGGAGAGGAACCUGCUGCGCUUGCACGAGAACUUCGGAGAAGACAUGGCCGCGGAGACGCUGGUGAAGCGAACCAGCAUCGAUGCGGGUUCCAGCCAGGAAAAGCCACAAGAGGCUUCGGCAUAGCCGAUCCUUGGAUGGCGCUUGUUGGUGGCCUUCUGUCGACAGCGCUCCCGCACCACCGCAGUUCAGGAGUUGCAUGGGGGAUUGAAGUAGGAAGGAAGGAGCCAUGAGUGGGGAGUUUCGAUUGGACAAUUGUGACGUUCAAGGAGUGAUUGUUCGAUGGGGCAACGAAGGGGCAAAACGUCUACAGGACUCAGGCAUCGUCGUGGGAAAAGGCUAGUCGUAGCUAAUACGCGUCGCUGAAGCUUGCCCGACUCGAAGUUCUCUCUUGUGUAUAACGGAGCCGCUGCAAUGUUCAUGAGACCGUUGCUACCGGAUUUGAAAACAAUGCCAUUGAUUUGUUCGGCGGUUUUUUGUGUCGAACGGCCUGUUCCGUCCGUGCAGGAGCAAGGCGUAGCCCGGGAGAGGGGGAGUUGAUUCACCGUGAUGUAGUCGGGACGAUUCCGCACAGAGCCUUGACCCUUUGGCCUGUCAACUUCUGUGUGUUUUGAACCUGCGAUCAAGAAGCUGCGUGUUUCGAACCUGCGAUUACGUAGUGAGCUCGAUGCGGGAGUCUAGUGAACUGUUGGUUUCGAUUUUGUUUUCGUUUCUCGCGUAUGGGGUAGUUAUGCAGGAGGCACUCGACACGAGAAGAGAGGAAAAUUGGCCUACCAGCCUCCCUCCUCUCUGUCAGCUCAACGAUAAGAAUGGCGCUUAUUUCCAGCACCGCGUGGGACCCACUGUUGGCGAGGGCUAAAGUACGUCAGUGCGCUUCUUCUCUGUUCUUUUGGGCGCAAAAAAAGCGUGUUCAUAGUCAUUCUUUCGAUGUGUGGUCGAGGAAAAAGAAAACAAGAGUGGAAAAUCAUUGAGAAAACUUGCCAUCAAUAACUCACUCAUACGUGAAUGUUCU